UGACGUUUCAAUAUACAUAAGUCCUGAUAGACAUAUAUGUUUUAUAUUCGUUGGAAUUUAGAUCUCGUGUUUGUAAAUUAAUUUAGCGAUGGCUGAGAAGUGUGGAUCAUCAAGUUCUUCACCGAACCUGAUUUGUCCAUUAUGUCUUGAUAUAUUUGUCGAGGCGACAAUCUUAACUUCAUGUGGACACACAUUUUGUAGGCGAUGUCUCAAGAAAUACGACCUAACCCACCAGGACCUUGAUCACAUGGUCUGUCCUCUCUGCAGGGAGAUCACCAAGUUGUCCACCAGCCGUGUCGAUGAUCUCCGCCUCAAUGUCUCCAUCAACGGAUGCGUAGAUGAUUACCACGCCAAGUGUGGAGGGAUGAAUGCUGUCCUCGAGAUGUGUCAGAAAUGCACCACUUGCAAGUCUCUGAAAGACGCUGUAUCAUUCUGCAGAACAUGUAGUUGUUAUAUGUGUGAUGAGUGCUUACAUUGCCAUCAACAUCUUACCAUGUUCUUUGACGGUCAUGAGAUCGUAUCCAUGGAUGAUGUCACCGAAGGGAAGGUCAGCAUUGGUCAUUUAUUCGAGAAGUGCUCCAUCCACAAACAAGAGAACAAGGACAUGUUUUGUGAGGAUUGUAAGGUCCAUGUCUGUCACAAGUGCGUACUCGUUGAUCAUCAAUAUCACAAAAUCAAGAACCAGGUUAACUUUGAGCAGGAGUUGCGACAGAAGGUGACAGACCUUGCUCAGCGAUGUGCUGACAAGAAAGCAGAGCUGGAGAAGAACAUUCAGAACAUAGAAAUACAACGUCACGAGGUACACACUGCAGUGCAGACACUACUAGAUGAUGUCAGGCAAGCCUACAGCAUCAAGGCCAAACAACUUGAAGAAAAUCUUCGAAAUCUGAUCGAGCAAAUAAAUGCCUUAGAACGUAGUUUUGAUGACGACCUCGACGUCUUGAAGUCAAAAGAUCGACAGAGGAUCAAGAGUAUUUGUAGUUCAAUUACUUUGGUAGAUAAUGACAGACUGGGUCAUCUUGAGACAGACACUCUAUCUGCUCAUAUCUUGCUCUGUGAGGAGCUGGAUACCAUGCUGAAGGAGGUUACUGAUCACACUUCUGUGGAAGCUAUUAAGAAGAAAGCACAGGAGAAGAGGUUCAAACCAGCAGACAAUGCCCGUCUUGACCUCGGGAGUAUCUCAGAAUAUACUGAUCAUCCAUCUAUGGCAGCCAUAAAGAAGAAAGCACAAGAGAAGAGGUUCAAACCAGCAGACGAUACUCGUCUUGACCUCGGGAGCAUCUCAGGAUCAGAUCCCAAGAUGGAAGUCAUUCAGUGUGUUGAUCUACGGGAAGUGAUGCAAGGUAUGGCCCGGUACUCGCAAAGCACUGUCGCUAUCGGGUAUGGGUAUAAUGCAGAAGGUAUUGAUAUCAUUGAUUCAAAUGGUGGGAAGCAGCAGUAUAGAAACACACCCUUCAGUGACAUGGAAUGUAGUGAUCUGGUGUUGCAACGGGACUGGACGUUGUGCGUGUCGACUUGUAGAACAGAAGCCUACAUCUACUCUCCCCUUGGCUCCAAGAAAGCAACAAUCCACGUGAGAAACAAUGGAUAUUAUCUCAGUGUUAACAGGAGUCCAUCAGAUGAAAUCAUCAUUACUAACUAUGGAAAACAAGUCUAUAUCUAUGACCCGACAGGAUCCACUCUUAAACACACUGUUCAAACAAAGCACAGGACGGGUCAGGCAUCUACCACCAGGACGGGUUUGAUCGUCACGAGUUCAUGUUGGGGCGAUCCAAGCGUAGUGACGGUCUAUGACAGGGAUGGGAAUGCUGGUGAGUCUCUACAAGCUCCAGAGGAUGUCUACCUGUAUGCUGCCUUGGAUGAGCAGGACAGGGUGUAUGUAGCGAGUGUUGGUGAGGAUAAUAGUAGCGUCGUGAUCAGGCUCUAUGAUCUUGAUGGUCUGAACCUGAAGGAAAGAGUUGAGUUCAAUGCACUUAAUAUGACAUUGGAUAGGAGUUGGUGUUACUUGGUUUCUCUCUCCCCAGACAUGCUCGCCUUUGCUUGUUACAAGAAAUUAUAUUUCAUCAAGGUAUCUCUGUAAUCCACGUUAUAUCACACCAUGUAGUAUGGAAACUGACGUGCUUUCACCCUGCUACAAAUCUACUUUAACACGUGUUGAUAUUAAGUAUAACAUUUUUUUUUCGUGUAAUAUCUUCAUCUAGUGACAAAAACACUUACACUGAUAUAGAUAUAAUACAAUUUCUUUCAUAGAAAAUAUGUUUGUUGAAAAAAAAGAACAUGUGUUGAAGCCACAAGCUUGAUAAAACAUGUAAAUUUUAGAAUUUGAUACGACAAUAUUCAAGUUAUACAAGUGAUAUAUAAAAUGAAGCAAUUAAUGAAGUAUAAAUAUCAUACAUUACUUUGCACUAAUUUUCCUAGUUUUGAAUAACUAGUUAGUCUGCAACAAACAUAUAGGCCUAUCGUACUUAUCAUUGUAAUUAUUAGGUGGUUGCAAAAUAACUAACUUAAAAACCAAAAUCUAUGUAAGUAUUUAUUGAAAAUAUGACUAAUCAAUCAGCAAAUUUAAUUAAAAAUUUCAAGAGAAUUACUAUAUUACAUACUAAUGAAAAUAUUUAGAGUGCAUAAGGGGGAUAAACGGAAAAUAAGCAGAAAGAGUACACUCUACAGUAUUUCACAUCAUGCGAAAUUCUCGGACCAUCAUACUCAUGCCUGUUCGCUAUUUGUAUAUUAUUCAGUGGAUCGUGGAUGAUUGAAUGAUAAGAUGCUUUCUUUUGGACCGUCUAGAAGUUUCUUGCUGUUUAUUUUCGAAAAGCGAAGAUACCAACCUCUGAUAACAAUUUAUUUUGGGGGAAAAAACAACAUUUGCCGAUAAAAAACUUAUCCUUUAGAAAGGUAUUGCUUCAGAGUAGUCUUGAAGAUAUUCCUUUUAGAUUUCCUUUCUUCUGAGAAUGUUUACAAGACAUCUGAAGAAUAAGUUUUUUUUCCUCCUUUAAUUUGUCAUAAGUCCCUCUGAAAAGGAAUGGAAGCAAUGUAAUAGUACUUCGUAUAUUAGUGAACAAGUGAAGAUAUGAAUAUAUAAUUUAUUCGUAUAUUAGUGAACAAGUGAAGAUAUGAAUAUAUAAUUUAUUCGUAUAUUAGUGAACAAGUGAAGAUAUGAAUAUUUAAUUUAUUCGUAUAUUAGUGAAGAAGUGAAGAUAUGAAUAUAUAGUUUAUUCGUAUAUCAAGGGAACAGGUGAAGAUAUGAAUAUAAAAUUUAUAUUAAUUUGUCAAUAUACGAUCCGCCGAUAACCAUUUAUUUAAAAAAUAAAAUGUUUGCUUGUAAUUUUUUUUUUGCGUACGUAUUGUUUCAGAGUAGUCUUGAAAGCAUACUGUUUUGCUUUCUCUUUGUUUUAAUAAUGUUUACAAGACAUCAGAAGACUCUUUUUCUUCUUCUUUUGUCAUAAGUCCCUCUGAAAGGAAUGGAAGCAAUGUAAUGGUAAUUCGUAUAUUAGUGAACAGGUGGAGAUAUGAAUAGAUCUAUGUUCAUUUGCCAAUAUAUGCGUGUAUAAAUAUAAGCGUGAUCUCAAUUAUUAUAUACAUAAAAUUGCAUAUAGAAAUGAAUUGUAUAUGGUGUAAAGUAUAAGUAAAAAUCUUGCAUUAUCGUUGUAUUAAGGUGUAGAUACUUUUUAAGAAUUAUUUAGAGAAAAUUCAUACAGAUAGAUUUCACUAUCUUUAAUUUCAGAUUUAGUAAACUAUUGCUAUUCGACUCAUAUACUCAAGAUUUUAUUGCCCGGUGUUCUCUCUCUACAUUCAAGUAUGUAACCACGUUCAUUUCAGAUCCCCAAAGCAGUUUUAAAAGUCUUUUGCAAUCGUUAUCCCGAAUUUGCAUCUAACAAAUUGGUGUGAACAAAUAACAGACUAAACCACCCCUUAUUUCAAUUUUUUUCAAUUUUCAAUUUUAAAUAAACAUUUAUUUCAAUUUUUUUCAAUUUCAAAUAAACAUUUAUUUCGAAAUUCAAAAUGGAAGUUUAAUCAAGUAAAAAUAGAUAAUUGUAAACAUUGAUCUGGAAAAAUAAAAAUAACAACUAGCUUUUUUCAGUACAAGUCCCAAACGACGAAAUUAUUUUCGAUUGCGAUUUUAGGAUCAUGAAUUCAGCUUAAAAAAAAAAACGUUCUAAAAAAACCUUUUAAGCAAGAAUUCGAGAGACCAAGUUAUCACCAUCACCAAUUUCUGGUUGAUUUGUGGUUAUUUUCCUUCAAUAACAUUUCACUGUUUAUACUUUGAAUUUAAUGUAUAAAUUAUUUUUUUCUUGUGUAAAUAUCACGAUUUAUAUUUUAGAAAUGCAUGUUGUCGAAUUACUGCUCUCUCAGACGUUAGUCUAUGAGAUUCUCUUGUGUAUAGUUAUGACCUAUGUUUAGAUCAAUCGCUAACCUUUGUGUUACCAUGGUUACGGGACACUGGUAGACUUAUAAUACUGUUUAUAUACCUGUUUAUAUACCUACAAGGCUAUAGGUAUCGAUUAUUACCAACUAUAUAACACAAAAAUAAAGAAAAAUAUCUUAUCUCUUGAUAUGCUGACUGUAUAAUAAAUAUCUUGUUUUAUACUUAAAGGACAAGUUCACCCAAACAAAAAGUUGAUUUGAAUAAAGAGAUAAAAAUCCAACAAGAAUAACAAUGAAAAUUUUAUCAAAAUCGGAUGUAAAAUAAGAGAGCUAUUUUAAAGUUUCGCUUAAUUUCACAAAACAGUUACAUGCACAUGCACGGUAUGCAAAUAAGGAUACUGAUGAUGUCAUCCACUCACUAUUUAUUUUGUAUUUCAUUAUAUGAAAUAUUCAAUUUUUUUCCUAAUUGUCAAGUGAAACAACGAUUAAUUCCCCUCUGAACAUGUGUAACUAUUAUUGUUUAAAGAACUAGGUUGUUUCUUAUUGUCAAAUAUGUAAUAAAUUAAAUAUUGUAUAAUUCAAACAAUAAAAAGCAAAAGAAAUAGUGAGGGACAUCAUCGACUCUCUCAUUUGCUUGUCACUGAGUUGUGCAUCACUGUUUUGUAAAAAAUAAGCGAAUCCUUAAAAUGGCAUAACUUUCUUAUUUUACAUGCAAUUUUGAUAAAAUUUUCAGCGUUAUGCUAGUUUGAUUUUUCUCUUUUUAGUCAAAUCAACACUUUUCUGGGGUGGACUUGACCUUUAAAUCAAGAAUCAUCAUUGCAGAAGAAAGGCGCCUCAAGCUGCAAAUCAUUUUAUUACAUUAAACAAAGGCUAAAUUUUGAUAUUCUAGUGUUUUAUUCUCUUAGGCCUAUAUGUAUUAGAAUGCAUUUAGCAAAACAAAAGACAAAACAAAUGGAAACAAAACCGAUAUCCGAUUAUUUUAUGAGAUAUAUAAAUGGUGAAGAUAGAAAACGAGGGAAAAUUAUUCCGAGAGGACAAUCUAGAGUUUGCUAUUUAAAAACGACCAAUGUAUAUUUGAUUAGAAUUGAAGUAUAUCGAGCAUAUACAUGUAGCUAUUAUUCCUUUUGAAUUGAAUCUAUGGAUUUCUCUUUUCAUUAAAUCUUAAAUACAAGAAAAUUUAA